GACAGCUUAGAAAAAUAUUUGCUUUAGUUUCCUAAUACUUUAGCUGUCUGUGGCCUCUUGCCACUUGACCAUCCUCAAAACUUUGUCAGAGUGAUUUGGCUUCUGACUGGUCACUAGGUCCAGACCAAAGUGCAGGAGGUGCCAGGAUGCUGUCCUGAGGUUCCACAGUGGACUCCUCUCAGCCUGUGCUCUGUCUCCCAAGUGGCCCUGAGAGCCAGCUGACCAUUCGCCUGGGUGCUGCAUGGACCCUGGCCUCAGCUCGCGGUCCCCUGAGGAGGACCAGUCCACCAUGCCUGAAGUCAAAGACCUUUCGGAAGCCUUGCCAGAGACGUCAAUGGAUCCCAUCACGGGAGUGGGGGUGGUGGCCUCUCGGAACCGAGCCCCGACGGGCUAUGAUGUAGUUGCACAGACAGCAGAUGGCGUGGACGCCGACCUCUGGAAAGACGGCUUAUUUAAGUCCAAGGUUACCAGAUACCUGUGUUUCACAAGAUCAUUUUCCAAAGAAAAUAGUCAUUUAGGGAACGUGUUAGUGGACAUGAAGCUCAUUGACAUCAAGGACACGCUGCCUGUAGGCUUCAUCCCAAUUCAGGAGACGGUGGACACACAGGAAGUAGCUUUUAGAAAGAAGAGGCUGUGCAUUAAAUUUAUCCCACGGGAUUCAACUGAAGCUGCCAUUUGUGAUAUUCGGAUCAUGGGCCGGACCAAGCAGGCCCCUCCUCAGUACACGUUUAUUGGGGAAUUGAACAGCAUGGGGAUCUGGUAUCGAAUGGGCAGAGUACCAAGGAAUCAUGACUCAUCUCAACCCACUACACCGUCCCAGUCGUCAGCUGCUUCCACCCCAGCCCCCAACCUCCCCAGGCACAUCUCUCUAACGCUCCCCGCUACCUUCCGAGGCAGGAACAGCACUCGGGCUGAUUAUGAGUACCAGCACUCCAAUCUGUAUGCCAUAUCAGCAAUGGAUGGUGUGCCUUUUAUGAUUUCAGAGAAGUUUUCUUGUGUUCCAGAAAGUAUGCAGCCCUUUGAUCUCUUGGGAAUCACCAUCAAAUCUCUGGCAGAAAUUGAGAAGGAGUAUGAGUACAGCUUUCGCACGGAGCAGAGCGCCGCUGCCAGGCUCCCGCCAAGCCCUACCCGGUGUCAGCAGAUCUCCCAGUCCUGAGGACCCGGCCACCACCAGCGGGGAGAAGACGCAUCAUCCGCCCAGACUGCCGAGCACCCCAGCCGGGGGCUCCUCUGGGCGCUGAGCUCUUACUCCCUCAGUCAUUGGCUUGCCUGACAUGACACCCCAUCUCCCUGGGGACGCUGUUCAUAACCUCAACUAAUCUGUGUGCUGUAGUGACCAGCGGCUCCUAACGUAUCUGUGUGAUGACCAGUCGUCCUAUAAACAACCCUACCCACCACGGGAGUCACCGCUGAGGGCCCUAGACAAUUGCUCAGGCCGCCCAGUGCUGCCACCGGCUCCCUUCACCGACUCUCGCCUGCCACUAAGCCAUUGCUUUCUUCCUGGAAGACCUUGAGGGGGUAGUGACUUUGUACAGGACCCUCCAGGGCUCACUGAUGGCCCCAGACCCAGGGCUGCCAUGGAACAGUCCUCACGCCAGUGGCAUCAAGUACCCCCAGCAUUACACGGAGACCCUGAGGAGACACGGAAGAAGCCGGUGGCCGAGUGGACCCACGCCUGGUCCCCUGCCCCACUGUGGACAGCCCUUGCUUGGACUCAUCACUUGAUUCACACACUGGACGUCCUGAGGUCGGGGAGCAGCUGCCCCAGCCGCGGGCACAGAGCGGACUUGUCGUCUGGGCAGGAGGGCAGAGUGACUGGCGCUUGCUUGGAUAUGAGUUUUGCUGCCCAGGAUGCUGUGUUCACCCACUUCCUCCCAAAGGGCUCAUCUCUAACACCCACGUGCCAACAGCAGUGCCAACUGCCUCAGCCCAGUGCCCUGAUCCGGUGACCACAGCAACGCCCUCCUAGGGCAUCGGGUGAAGAGGCUCUGUGAGCCAGCGCCCAGUGCCAGAGGGACAUGGACACGUGGUCACCAGCUCCACAGAGCCAGGCUGUGUCUUGAUGGCCUCUGCUAAAAGGAACAGUUGUUUUGAAUAGUCCAUCUGACCCAGGUCACCAAACUGGGGCUAGCACUGACAUUUCUGCCACAAAUGGCCAGUGGACACAGCGCCGGCUGCCAAGUUCAACUCCACGCAUGUUUGCCAUGAGAACAGGGUUGCUGCCAUCCCCUGAGGCUUGGGCCCUCGUCCCAGUGGCCUGCCUUGUCUGCCUGUUGGGGGUUGUCCUGAUUCCACAGAAUGUUGGUGUCCCAUCCUGGGGGUCACCAGAUGGUUGGAGUCUUGGAUGGGAGGUUGGAUGUGUGUCUGGAGGAUGGCGUGUGGGUGGGCCGUGGGGAGCAGGGAGGUUCCCCCACCAGGAAGGCAGCACAGGAGAGCCACUGCCACAGCAAGGGACAGGCCCCUCCUCCCGCAGUUCCCAGGGUGGCACAUGGUUAGCUGGGUGGCUGGGGUGCAAGAGGAACCAGCCAACACAGUUAGGAGGACGGCUGCUGGCUAUUUGGGGCGGGGCAAAAAAUACCUCAUGACCUGCGUCAGCCCUGCCAUCUCCAGACCCCUCAGCUCUGCCGCCUCCGUCACCCCUUGGUCUUCAUUUUGAUACCUCCUGAUUUCUGUGCAUUAGAGUAGUGGUCAUCUUUCCCCACCUUCCCCGACACCUGAGGACGUCCCUGGUGAGACUCCCGUGCCUCCCAUGCGGCAAGAUGGCAGGAAAAGGCAGUUUGUGGAACCCGCAGGGCCAAGAGGCAGUGGUCCCUGUGCGGGAUCGGUGAUGAACCAGGAGGGAGCGGACUAACUGGCCUCAAAUGUACCCACUGAAAUAAGCUAGUUGUGUUUCUAGGGACUUGAGGAAGCCCCAGGGGCCCAGAGAACCUGUGUCUACUGCUGCUUUUUGGAUGGGUGGGUGGCUGGUUCAAAACCAAGUGACCUGUGUGACUUGAAGCCCACCAGAGAGGGGUGACAUCCAGCAGGCUUGGGGGUCAGAGCUCUGAUGACUUCUGUCCAUGUGGUUUGUGCACUUUGUCCUCGGACCUUUUUUCAUACCCAGUUGUGAGAUUAUUUCUGACCGGUAACGCCCGGCAGCCCUUCUCCCUUGAUGGACAGCCAGGCAUCAGCAGGUCUGAUGGGCCCUGGAAGGUCCAAAUAUGACGAUCUGGGACCUUGUCAGGGAGCAAGAAGGAACAGCCCAGCAGGGAGAGUGAUGGGCCCACAAGGGAGGGUGUCCAUGGCUCCUCACUCACAUCCCCGAGAGCCACCUGGAAGAGGGCAAAGCUGUGAGGACUCAGGCAAGCCGAGAGGUGUAACGUCGCCCGUGAACGUGGCAGUCAACGCCAGCUUAAGACGACCCAGCGGUGGCAGUGUUAAGUUGGCUGUGGUAGAUUUUAGGCUGCUCCUGACACUCUGUGUCUUUGCCUUGGGAGAGGGGGCUGAGGGUGAGCUAGCGUGUGGGUGACAGUAGGCUAGAGGCGCGCGUGCACGUGUGUAUGUAAGGGAACGCACCCUUUGCUUCUUUCUGGGGAGAACCCUCUGGCCAGUGGGGAGGGAGGGCUGGGUUUCCCUUGGAAAUGUGAAGGGCAGCGGCUUUGCCCUCAGCCCCCCAGCUCCCCCCAGUGCAGCUGCUGUCCACCCCCCCCCCUUCGUCCCCCCAAAAGGACUAAUCAGAGCACAGUGUCCUGCGGCCUCUUCUUUUCCCACUGAAAAUUCAAAAGCCUUGGAAAGGGCACAGCGGUGAUAAGGAGUUAAGUACCUUGCUCCAGGUUCACUUGCAAAUUUAUAGCAAGGCUUUUUUCCCCACCCCCGUCCAAGAACUAAUAUCAGCCGCGGCCCUUCUCCACUUGGAGAGAUGAGAACCCCGGCAGCGAGAAGAAACAGCAGGCUAGGCCCCCAGCUGCUCUGCCUCCCGGCACGAGGGUCGCAGCCUGCCCGCCCGCCGUGCUGCGACGUCCUCACUGCUGUGUGGUGGGCGGGGAGAAGCCAGUGACGGUGGUGGGGGCCCAGCCUUUCCACCUGCCCCCGUGUCACGCGAGGGGAAAGGCAGCGAGGGGACAAGAAGGACUGACACAUACUGAGCCCGUACUCCUUGUCAGGCACCAGGGCGGCACCUUAAGCACAUGUUUCUCCUGUCACGCCCCCACUCGGAGAACACCCAGAAGGGGAUGUCAUUUGCUCCUUGUUACAGACAGAGAAGCCGAGACUUGUCCAAGGCACAAGGCUGGUAAGUGGCAGAGACAGGAUUUGGACCUAAGUCCCAUCUGGCCCCAGAGCCCAUGGUGCCAGCCACCCGACAUAAGCACACGCCUCACGAUGACCUUAUUUCCAGUCCAGCAAUGGACACCACAGCCGCCACCAGCCUUGCUGGUGUCACCACACCACCGCGCCAUCGGCCCUGAGCUUGGGGCCAGAGCCCGCCUGCCCGGCUCACUCUACCCAGCGAGGGCUCCCUGGGUCUGCUGGCUGCCCCAUCCGUUGCCAUUUGUGGGGAAGCCUGGCCUGCAGCUCCUCUGAGAACUAGGGAGCCUGAGGAUGAGGGCAGAGAAGGGCCCUGACAAAGCAGCCUCGUGCCUGCAAGGUGCACAGAAGCUGAGCUCAUCUGACUCAGCUCACUGUCUACUGUACCCGGGGGGCCUGGCGGAGGGGCCGGGCACGCGCACGCUCAGCCCCUCGGCCGCCCGGUGCCCUUGGGUGAGCCCAGCUUUCUUCACUUGUUCUGAACGCAGCCCUGUGGUGGCCACGGCUGUCACCACCAGGAGACAGGGCUUGCUUCUGUUCUGCCAGCAAAGGGUGCUUGAGCGGCCGUGCCGCCGCAUGGGGCCUCGGGAGGGCCGUGUGCACCCGCACGGGAACAGCGCCCUCAUGGCGUGUAUUUAUUUGAGGCGACUCUUGUACUUGGCAAAGGGAAGUUUCACUGUGUAAUUGUCUGUCUUCUUAAUAUAAUUUGUUAAAUAAAUGUUUGUUUUAACCUUC